AUCUCUGCCUGAUGACUCCCAUUAUUGCUUGAUUGGUGAUACUGUCACUGGUGGAAAUCAAAAAGUUUGAGGGUUAAUGGAAACCUGCUGUACAAAGCUGAAGACACGAUCGACAGAUUGUCACUUAAAGCAGCCCAGCUUUAAAUAUGCUUGAUUUUGAGCCUCGAUGAAAUGUAAACAGAGAAACACAGUCAGAGUUUCCUGUUUUGAGCCCACUUAGAGACGAGAUGAGACAUUUACUGGCUCAUUUCAGUCUGUGUAAAGAUGACGGUCAACAUCUUCAGCUGCCUGUUGGCCUUCACUCUGGGCUGUAAUGUUGCUGCAGAAAUAAUCCGUGAAGUAGUGGAGGAAAAGCAGCCGGUGCUUCUUCGGUGUCCUCGCUCGGUGGAGGGUAAAGUGACAUGGAGCAGGGAGUUUAGAGGAAGUAAGGUUGACAUACUGACAGCUGACGGUGACAGAGAGGAAAGAUUCAGUGACCCGGGCAAACGUUACAGUUCACAAGCAGAUAAAUUUAGAUCGUUGUACAUUAAAGGAACUAACGCCUCCGACUCUGGAAGAUAUUUGUGUAACAACGAAGCAGCUGUGGAGCUGAUGGUGAUCCCAAAAGGAACAAAAAGACACACAGCUGUAAUAAGAGCCGACGUCACUCUGAGGUGCCCGUCUGAUGUUUCACACCGUCCAACAUGGACCAGAAAACACGGUGGUGAAAUGAUUCCUUUCAAGGACAAUCCGAGGGGACACGUGUUGAAUUUAACAGACGUGCAGCCUGGUGAUGCUGGACUUUACCUCUGUGAUGGAAAACCAGCUGCUUAUCUGACCGUGACGGAGGAUCAGUCUGAGAGAGCUGCUCCUCUUCCUGUUUUGGUGCUUGAGGUGCUCGUCCCUCUCCUCCUCGUCACCUUCAUCAUCCUCUUCCUUGCUUGGAGAUACAGGAUCAGCAGACGAGGAAGUGGUGAACAAAGGGAUGAGACUGUCUACGCUGAGAUAACAGACGGAUCUGACUUUGAACCAGCACAAGUUGGAUCAAACCGGCAGGAUUUCAUAUCCUCCAUCUUCCGUGAUGCUCCAGCUCUGGGAAACAAUUCUGGCAAAGAUUCAAGAAAUUUAUUGUGCUGAUAAAUAUUUGGUUUGAUAAACUAUUUAAACUGUAUAUAUUCAUAUUUGUCCCUCCUUACAGAGAUUUCUCAGCCCAGUGAGCCUCUUUAUUUUCUGAUCAACAAACCACGUUAAGGUGAUUUCAUCGUUCUUUAUGAUGGCUUGAGAGCAGGUUCGUUUUAAUAUUGUACACACUUGUAUCGCUCUGUGCACAAAAUAUUCUACAUUAAUAUGAUUUUAAACUUUCAUUAAGUUCCUUUUUUUUAACCAA